AUGGGUGAGUUGCUUCUAUCAACCUCUGUGAAUUCAGUUGUUAGAAGGGUUGCUUCCUUUACUGGUGAAUAUGCCAUAAGUGGGAUCAAGUCAACAUGUAAUGUUUAUAAAGAAUUAGGGAAGCUGGAAAAAACACUAAGUGCAAUCUCUGCUGUCCUUAAAGAUGCUGAGAGAAAACAAUCUACUUCAAAUGCCAUUAAGGAGUGGCUGGACAAUCUCAAGGAUGUUGUCUAUGAUAUUGAUGAUGUAAUGGAUACUGUAGCAACUGAUGUUUUGGAGGAUGAUGAGGCUUGCAAUUGUUUAUCAGGGAUCAAUAAGUUCAUUAUUCAUCCUAUCCAGUGGAGUGUGAAAAUAAAACAAGUUAGAGAAAAACUUGAUGAAAUAUCAACUAAUGGAAGAGACUAUAGAUUAACAGAGGAAACAAAUAUAGACAGACAAUGCUCACGUGGUAACGUUAGGGAAACACACUCAUUUAUUAAAGAAUCAGAUAUUUUUGGAAGAGAAACUGCUAAAAAAGAAAUUUUGGACUUUAUACUGGGAGCUGAAUUUUUUUAUCAUUUAUUUGCGGUUCCUUUUGUUGGUCCAGGGGGGAUAGGAAAAACUGCACUGGCAAAAUUAGUGUUCAAUGAUAGCAGAGUUGAUGAAUAUUUCGACAUGAAGUUAUGGGUAUGCGCCUCUGAUGUAUUUGAUCUUAAAAGAGUAUUGCAUGACAUUCUAGAAUCUGGCACUGGUGAAAUCCAUACAGGGUUAAAUCUUGAAGUGCUACAGAACAAGGUGUGUGGUCUUUUAAGGGAACGAAGAUUCCUCCUAGUACUAGAUGACAUGUGGAGCGAGAAUAUUAGUGAAUGGGAGGAAUUGAAAAAUUUGUUAUCUAUUUGUAAAACUGGAAGUGUGGUUAUAGUCACCACACGUAGUCCCAAGGUUGCGUACAUGGUGCAGACAUUGGCACCAUAUUUGGUAACAGAGCUGCCACAUGAUGAAUGUAUGGAGAUAUUUAAUCACUAUGCAUUUAGAGGCCAGGAGGAAAAUUAUCCAGAGUUGGUUGAAAUUGGAAAUUCCAUUGUUGAAAAAUGCGGUGGUUUUCCAUUAGCAGCUAAGACAUUGGGAUGCAUGCUAUUUGAUAAUCGGGAUAUUAGAGAAUGGAUGCACAUUGUGGAAGAUAAUAUGUGGAAUCUUGAACAACAUAGUGGUGAUAUCCUACCUGCAUUGAAAUUAAGUUACCAAGUGCUUCCGUCUCAUCUGAAAGCAUGUUUCUCUAGCUUGUCUAUAUUCCCAAAAUCUUACAAGCUUAACAGACACUUUUUAAUCAGGUACUGGAUGGCUUUAGGGUUAUUGGAUACAACAACCGGCGAAAGCAAGGAAGUAGUAGCAGAACGAUACUUCUAUGAACUUGUAGGGAGAAAUCUUUUCCAAGACUUCCGCAUUGUUUAUGAUGGCACCAUUAAUACUUGCAAAAUGCAUGAUCUUGUGAAUAAUCUUGCAAACUUAGUAUCGAAAAGAGAUCAUGCUAUUAUAAGCUGUGAAAAGGAUAGAGUCACUAGAAAUGCUAGGCAUAUAGUCUGGGAACAUGGUUACUUCUCACCGGAGCUCAAAUUUCCUAGGGAGCUGAGAAAAGCAAACAAGGCUAGAUUAUUUGCAAGCAUUGGCAAUAUCGGAACUGUGAGUAAAGCUUUUAUUAAAGAUCUAUUAUCAACUUUUACCCUUUUACGAGUGUUGAUAUUUUCAGAGGUUGAGUUUGAAGAAUUACCUGAUUCAAUUGGAAAUUUGAAGCACCUAAGGUAUCUAGACCUUCAAUGGAAUACUAAACUAAAAUCAGUACCAACUUCUCUUUCAAAGCUAGUGAACCUGCAGAUGCUUCAUAUUGGAAUGUGUAUGCAAUUAGAGGAGUUGCCAGAAGAUAUUCAUGGACUUGUGAACCUUAGUUUUUUGUUCCUCACGUCAAAGCAAAAGCUUUUACCGAAAGCUGGACUUCGUAGCUGGACAUCUCUGACGACUCUAAAUCUGGGAUAG